AUGUCUGAACAAUGCAGACCCAGGAAACACUCUGGAGCGCAUAUUGUUUGUAUCCUGUCAUGUAACUUUAUGGACGUUUAUUCAUCUCUUCGCUUCGUGUCCACCGGAAGAAAUGUGGGAUGACCGGGGAGGACUGUCCGUGUGGCUGUCAGCAUUACCGGGGAUGAAAUGGUCGUGUUUGUGCUGAAAGUCAUUCUUACGUUCAGCUGCGGGCAUCUUUAAUAAAAACUUUCAAAAUGAGGUUCUUCGCGUCUCUGCUGAAAAACGCAAACCCCAAAAUCGAGUAUUACUCCAGGUUCUCGCCGUCCCCGCUCUCCAUCAAGCAGUUUCUGGAUUUUGGCAGGGAGAAUGCGUGCGAGAAGACGUCCUACAUGUUCCUGCGCAAGGAGCUGCCGGUGCGGCUGGCCAACACCAUGAGGGAGGUCAACCUGCUCCCUGAUCACCUGCUCAGCCAGCCCUCCGUCAGACUGGUGCAGAAAUGGUACAUGCAGAGCUUUGUGGAGCUGCUGGAUUAUGAGAACCGAAAGCCAGAGGAUGCUCACGUUCUGAACGAUUUCCUAGAGCUCUUGAUCGAGAUCCGUAACCGUCACAACGACGUGGUUCCCACCAUGGCUCAGGGAGUCAUCGAGUACAAAGAGAAGUUUGGCUUUGACCCCUUUAUCAGCAGCAACAUCCAGUAUUUCCUGGACCGCUUCUACACCAACCGCAUCUCUUUCCGCAUGCUCAUCAACCAGCACACUCUCCUGUUCGGCAACGACACCAACCCCGCCCAUCCAAAACACAUAGGCAGUAUUGAUCCCACCUGCAGCGUGGCUGAAGUUGUCAGUGAUGCCUAUGACACCGCCAAGAUGCUGUGUGAGAAGUACUACUUGGCUGCGCCCGAGCUGAAGAUCGAAGAGUUCAACAUGAAGGCCCCAAAAAAGCCCAUCCAGGCGGUGUAUGUGCCCUCUCAUCUGUUCCACAUGCUGUUUGAGCUCUUUAAGAACUCAAUGAGAGCCACAGUGGAGCUUUAUGAGAACAGCACAGAGGGAUUACCACCAGUAAAGGCAAAAGUCACUCUGGGUAAAGAGGAUCUCUCUGUUAAGAUCAGUGACAGAGGAGGAGGAGUUCCUCUGAGGAAGAUAGACCGUCUGUUUAACUACAUGUACUCCACUGCUCCUACACCAAGCCUGGAGCCAGGAGCUGUCCCACUGGCUGGUUUUGGCUACGGUUUGCCGAUUUCCAGGCUCUAUGCCCGAUACUUCCAGGGGGAUCUGAAACUGUACUCCAUGGAGGGUGUGGGCACAGACGCAGUCAUCUAUCUGAAGGCCCUGUCCAGCGAGUCCUUCGAGCGCUUGCCCGUCUUCAACAAGUCAGCGUGGCGGCAUUACAAGACCAGCCCCGAGGCAGACGACUGGAGCAACCCCAGCAAAGAGCCGCGCGAUGCCAGCAAGUCCAAAUACAAAGCCAACAGAUAACUCUGCCUGACAUGCUAGCCCAGCCCUCUGCUGAGCCCAAAUACCUGCACUCUGCCCUCGAGCAUGUACGAUGAAGUGUUGUCCUUGGGUAAACGCUUGGUUUACGGUCAGACUUGCUUUAACAUUCCAGCUUUGGAAAAGAUCCUUGAACUUGAUUUAUAUCUGUACCCAAUGGCAACAGCAUUCAUCAGUGUAGCUUUCAUUCUUGUGGCAUUACCACUGGCUCUCCCAAGACAGAGUUAAAAAUGAACCUCUUCCAAAUUAGUUCCCCACCAUUACGUUCUGCAUCUUUACUUCUUCAUUUCUCCUCCAUCUGGCCAUUAUUCGAAGCUAAAUUCACUGUUAACUGUCUCGCGGACAGUUCGGCCUGGCUCGUCUGUGCGGACCGGGCCGCCGCUCCCUGUGGCUGAAUACGCCAGCACUGCUGAUUGAGAGUCUGUCUCGUUUUCACCCUCUCGAACACAAGCAGAGUCAGGAGGUUUGAGUUUCAGUGCAAAUGGGAAGAGGAGGAGGUUUCAUUUCCUUCCUUUGGGAGACACUGUCGAUUGAACGCACAAUUAGGCCAGUGUGUCACUGGCAUAGUAAAGACUUGUUUUGGUCUCUAUUUCGGCCUGGGAAAAUAAAAGAGAAGAUUGCAUGUAGAUGAGAGAAAAUGAUCACUCCUUUGUAAGAGAUUAACGAAAGAGUACACCUUAUUUUUAAAGAUCUAGAAGUCAGUUUUAUUUUAUGUCAAAGAGAGAAAGCCUUACUUCUGGGAUCUUCUGCCUUGAAGGCUCUACUGGAACUCAAAAGUUAAUUUCUAAUGAAGGAACGCUAGAAAUCAAGUUUUUCAGGGAAUUUUGUUUCUGUUUUACUUCUUCGCUCAUGGAAGUUAACUAAUCGCCACCUACAAACACAACUGACCCUCAUCUGACAUUUCUGCUUGCAAACCAGCUCUGCACCCUGAUUUAACAACUGCUGAAGGACCAAAGCAGCGUCUGUAGGAUGCUUAUGAAAUGCCACCAUGCCAGCUUUCUCCGUCACAUUGCUUCAACCACACCGGCAUGAUUUUAGUACUGUAUCGGACGAAUGGACCCGUUGCAUCCUGCAGACAUUUUACACCUGCCUACCGCCGUGGACGCGCUUGGACUUCACCCUAACAAUGCUCUCAUCCAGUCAGCCUCAAGUCUCACUCCUACGACUAAUCCUCACAGUCCUCGGAAUGGGUUUGAGCGAAGCUUGUGUGUUUUUAAAUUGUGCUUUUGUUUUUAUUUUCAUGAGUGUAGAAGAUGCAGCUAAAAUUCAGACGGGAUUGACAGCUGAGAGGUUUUAAUUUAUUUAUAUCCUGGAACAAAGACGCAGCGAAUUAACUACCUUUUUUAUGCUUUUGCACUGUUUUCGUCCUCUUUUAAUCAUUGGAACAGGAUUACUUUUGAUCAUCUUUGAUGAUUAUUUUCAUGUGGACUGUCCAGUGUCCACCCAAAUUCUCUAUUUACGGAAUCGGAAAUCAAGCAGCGUUUGGAAAAGGCAGCGGGAGAAAAUGUGGUUGAAGCAGCCACUAAUUAUUGGUACUGACAUAUUGCUUGAAACCGAUCCGAUAUUUUUGUCACAUAAAUCAAAUUAAGGAACUUUUUUGGUGCACUUUACUAACCGCACACAUAUUUUUCCUCCAAAUAACUUUCAUGUGAUCAUUUCAGGCCUCUAUUUUUAUAAAUUGAAGAUUAUUUGUGAUCAGGUGAGAUCUCAUGUCACCACUUGCACUCUCAAAAACGUCGGAAUCGCAGUGUGAUUUUUGGAGCUUCUGAAAAAGACCAAACCUGGUUCUGUUUGUUUGGACCAGAUGAUCGGGGUGACUUUGAAUAAUCCGAAGUGACGUCCUUUUCUCAUCCCCUUUAGCUCCAUCCGAUGUGAAAAGAAAGGAGUGUAGAUGAAGAAUUCAGGAAGGAAUGCCUCCUCAUCCUUUUCAGCCUCACUCUAAUAACAUUUCAUCACUGCCAGUGCUUUCGUAACCUGCCAGGCUCACCGAGUGAUGCUCAGUGACAAACCUGCUGCAAAGACGGAGACGACGCUCCUCUUCACGUAAAGGCCUCCGCUCGCCACCCGUAAUGUGUUUUUACCCUGCACAUCGGCCGCAAUCAAAAAAGCCUGUGAACAGAAUUCACACCUUAUUCAAAGUUCCAGCUCCGGUUGUGUGAUUUAGAGGCCUGAGGAUCUUUCCUCCUCAGUAGUUGCCAACCUUCACUGUUGAAGAGUGUUUCUGUACCGAUGGUAUUUUAGAAAAUAUCCUGUACGUAACUAUACUUCAUGUGUUUGCUGCCAGUGUGGAGUAUUCACUGUGUUUUCCAUCCUACUGUACCUCCAGCUUAAACAAACGUACUUGUACGCAUGAACUCCACUGUGGAGGUCGUCACGCGAACAUAUGCAAUUAGUGCAACAUGGACGUUAUACCAAAAAGGUGGUAUAAUAAGGCAGUAUAAUGAUGUGGUCCAGCAUGAGAUCAACCUACGUUGUCGAACUUGACAAUAAAGAAAAUUGCUGUUGUGUGCGAUCCGUUGAUGAUUUCAUGCCUGUUAUUUGUUAAGAAGGUGAGGUGC